UUUCCUCUCUCUUUCUCUCUCUUUUCUUCUUCCUGGACUGCUCUGUAUCGGUUGUGCCAUUCUUAGGUUGCCUCUGUUCCGGAUCAGCCCCCAGGUCUUUUCUUUUCUUUCCUCUUUCUUUCUUUCUUUUUUUUCCACUCUCUUCUUAUAUAAAGUCAAUCAAAAACCUAGAAAAGAAAAAAAAUCUCUCCGUCUACCCAGGAACACAAAACAACAUGUCUCCCGCCAUUGCUCAAGCCGGGGCUGGCUCCGCCUCCAAGGAUGUUAAGAAGGAAUCCGCAACUGCUCGUCUCUUGGGUUCUGGAACCGCUGGAAUUGCGGAGCUUUUGGUCUUCCACCCGGUCGACACCACCGCAAAGCGCUUGAUGAGCAACCAGAGCCGGAUCACCAACGUUAGCGGCUUCAAAGAGGUUGUUUUCAAGGAAUAUGCGACGGCUCCCUUCGGUCGCAAAUUCACCUCUCUUUUCCCCGGUCUGGGCUACGCUGCCGGCUACAAGGUUCUCCAACGUAUCUACAAGUAUGGCGGACAGCCUUUCGCCCGAGACUACUUGGCUAAGCACCACGGAGCCGACUUUGACAAUGCUUUCGGAAAAGGAUCCGGCAAGGCCAUCAUGCACGCAACGGCCGGAAGUUUGAUCGGUAUCGGAGAAAUCGUUCUUCUUCCUCUGGAUGUUCUGAAGAUCAAGCGUCAGACAAACCCCGAGGCUUUCCGUGGCCGUGGUUUGUUCAAGAUUAUCUCUGAUGAGGGAAUGGGUCUUUACCGUGGUGCCGGCUGGACUGCGGCCCGUAACGCCCCCGGUUCCUUCGCGCUUUUCGGUGGCUCGGCUUUCGCCAAGGAAUAUAUCUACAGCCUGAACGACUAUAACUCGGCCACCUGGGGACAGAACUUUGUCGCCUCGGUCUGCGGUGCCAGUGCCUCCUUGGUUGUCUCGGCUCCUCUGGAUGUGAUCAAGACCCGUAUCCAGAACCGCAACUUCGAGAACCCCGAAUCCGGCUUCCGCAUUGUGUCCAAGAUGCUUAAGAACGAGGGCCCGACCAGCUUCUUCAAGGGACUGACGCCCAAACUGCUGAUGACUGGACCCAAGCUUGUUUUCAGCUUCUGGCUGGCUCAGACGUUGAUUCCUGCCUUCGGUCAGGUCGUUUAAAAGGCCAAGCCAAAGAUAAAAAACAAUCAAAAAGCGAAAGCGAUUCAAGCCAAGAGCGGAUGGGUUAUUUACCAUGGAAGAUGUUCUGGCUAUAUUCUUCCUGUUAAUCUCUUCUCCCCUUUUCCAAUUUUUGUUUAAUGCCUUCCCCAUUUUCUUAAUUUUCUCCAGCUUUUCGGUGCCGUGAUAGAGCAUUCUGUUGGACCAUUGUAUUUUGAUAGACAGCUUUUUUUUUCUCUUUUUUUAUACGGGUUAGGAUUUUAGGAUUUCAUGAAACUCCUCUUAAUAAAUC